AUGGAGCAAUCAGCUCAAACCCCUAUUCAGGGGUUAUCUCAUGGGAAUUCACUACCUGCUGAUUACUGGAGCACACUUGACCCCGCCUACCCUGAUCCCGAGCAGCAGCUUCAGCAGCCAUCUCAACCCCAGCACCAGCCUCAACAGCAGCACGAUUCUGCAUCGCAACCAACACCUCUUGGGAUCGGAUGGGACCAUCCUGUUUUUCAACAGCAGCCAAGAGAGCUAGCCUCACGACCAGAUCCGAACCAUGGCAUUUACUCAUCAGUGCAUCAGCCUUGGCAGCAAGCAAAUCCUUUGCAACAGCCACCGCAACGAGGAUAUGGAGCUUCGCAUCAGUAUCAGAUACAUUCCCAAGCUCCUCAUUUCCAACAAGAUGGGUUAUCUUUUGACUCUCGUCCCCUGAGCGCCUCCGAAUCUUCGUCAUUUCCAUCAUUUCCCUACCAGCAAAAUUAUUUCCAUCCACAAAACACACACAUCUCAGUGCCAGACACAUUUCCUGAAGCACCCGCGCAGCAGAGAAUACAGCCACGGCAACAGCAACAACCCCAGUCGUCAAUUUCUGCAUACUCUUUACCUCAAAGCUACUCCUCGGAAAUGCUGCAAAACACAAUUGAUUUGACCAACGAUUACUCCGAUUCAGACCCGAAUGUCACCAUCAACCCCCAGUUCCUAAAUUCUAUCCCGCAGGCAUUCAAUCCACAGCAGUCUUCGUUGACAAACAACUUUAUUCAGGGAAUUCCUGCAGACCUCAAACAACAAGGGAGCGAACAGGGUAGGCAAUUUAAUUACUACCAGCAUGAUCUUUCAGUCCAGUCGCAUAUGGCACUAAAUGGCAACCCGGUGAUUCCACCUGGAGGAUUACCAGUACUGCAAGUUGUAGUCCCCGAUAAGAAGGGCGCUUCUAAUAAGCAGCAAACGAAGAAGACUUCUCAAAAUGGCCGAAUGAGAACUUUAUCUAAGUCAGAAAGUGAAAGUUCGGAUGAAUCCGAUCUUGAGAUUGAAGCACCUGACGAGCCUUCUCCUAUCCCUCCGAUCCGCCCGACUGAGCCCGAGGCUGCAGCGCAAUAUGAUACCCUCCAAGCCGUGUGGUCACCGAGGAACAAAUGGCCUGGUCCUGAGAAGGUCAAGAAUGCGCUGGUAGCCUACAAAGAGCUUGUCAAAGGAUUAAGAGAUGCGUGGAAGGAACAAGUUCAGGCCAUGAAGCUGGCUGAAAACCAAGAUGACAACCAGAAAGCAACACAACUUAAGGAGAAAGUCACUUCGCAACGUCGUACCAUGGAUAAAAUUGCGACCACGACACUGGAAAUGGGUCAUCCCAAUAUUGUUGAGAAGUAUGUAUCCCUCUCCUCUCCCAACCCCUAUAUCUUCCCUCCCUUCCAUCUGGCUAUAUGCCCUUCAGAAGCUAUCUGUGAAUCUCUUUGGGGGGAAUCUCUCCUAUCUAGAAAUUGGCUCAAACUUGCAGCUUUGCUGGGAGAGCAUCCUAUGGUUGUGGCGGCUUUAUAUUCGUUCUUACUCGAUCGUUUCCAAGCAGCAGACUUUGCUGGGACUCUGACUAUUAAUUUGCUUUCGCUCUUCUCGCGUUUCUCGACUUUGACAGAAGACCUGAUGCAAAAGACCAAUCUUUCCAAAUUGUUGCCAAAGUUUCUCAAAAAGGGUGGCCAGCAGGUUAAGGACCUCACACAGAAGAUAUUGGAUAAUGCUGCGGCCUCUACGAAGCGUAAACACGAGAGUGAAAAGUCCGCCAAGGAAGACUCUCAUCCAAGGAGCGUUUUAGCAGAUCAGCCUAAAGGAGAGGCUGGAGUGAAGCGACCCCGUGAGGCGGAUAGCAAUCUGCAGCCUGGCACAAAACGAAUGGCAGUUACCAAUCCCUUGAAGGAUGUGAAUAAACAUGCACCCGCAAGCAAUGGACCGGUCAAAGGAGCACAAAGUAGUAAGCCAACCGGCGCUGCAGUGCUGCGCCCUAAAGCCAAUAUCGUGGCCCCUAAGCCAACAAGUCUCUUUGGCACUUUAAGUUCGGCGUCCAAGAGACCCGGGACCACAAAUGCGGAUAGGGCUGCUGCCGCCGCCGCAGCAAAGCCAACUGCUGCUUCCGAAAAGGAAAAGACACCAGCCCCAAAGCCAUCUUUCUCAUUUGGCGACAUUAUGGCCGACUUGAACAAACCCAAGCAGGCACCAAGCCCCAAGCCCGCCGAAGAUCAGCCCCCGGAGACUGAAGCUGAGCGCAAAAACAGGUUGCGUAAAGAAGAGCGCCGUAAACUUCGCGUGACCUGGAAGCCGGAUGAUGCUCUUACCGAAGUCCGACUAUUUACCCACGACCCGGAUGAAGAAUUAGGUCCCGGCGAUGGGUCAUUGCGCUCACGAGGAGACGUUAAAGGUGAAGGUAGUGUUCUCAAGCUUCACAAAGAUAUGGACGAAUUGGAAGAAGAGGAUCUCGGUGAGACCGUAUUUCAAGACGGUUAUACUCUUUCAAUGGUCGAUUUCGAUUUCGAGGAAUCAAAUGAUGGCAGUUUCAUCAAGCGCGGCGGCACUCAGCUGCCCACGAGUCCCGAGAGGGAGGCUCAGGAGCAUCGGGAAUCUACUACCCUUAUGGUCUUCUAUACCUCUCCUGCUGACAUGCCCGACACACCAAAGGAACCACCAGCUCCUGACCCCGACGAUAUUGUUACCGAUGUAUUGCCUUUCGGAGAGUUGCCCGACCUGGUCAAGGUCCGCCAGGAACGUUACUACUCCUACAUGAAUCCCAAGCCUACGACUCCCCAACCAACCCAACAACCGCAGCGACCUACUCCCGGAGACAGUGGAUUUGACAUCUCCAAUUUGCUCAAGAUCAUCCAGGGUGUUCCUGGACAGGCGCAACCAAUCCCAGCCCCGCAGGCAACUCAACCCGGGGGCAUGCCGGAUCUCGAGAGGACCAUCAGCAUGUUCCGUCAACAACAACCUCAACCACAGGUCCCCCCGGCUCCACCAGUACCAAUUCCACAGCCGCAAGGCCUUGACUUCAACGCGAUAUUGAAUGUUAUGAAACAAAUGCAGGCGCCGCCUGCAUAUUCCCAGCCCCAGCAAUCGCAAUCAGCAAUGGCACCUAACCUGGGCGCCAUGUUCGCACAAUUCGGUGGGCAGAACCAAAACGGUGCUCUCCCAUUCCGACAGCAAGGGCAUGACUAUGAAGACCCAGAGCGCAAGCGCGGCCGCGAGGGCGGUUAUUAUGACGACAAUUCUAACCCCGAAUCGUGGAGCCGCUCGAAACGAACCAAAUUUGGCGCCAACGAGGCCAAGCCUUAUAAGGUGGGACUAGUUGCUUGCAGAUUUUGGGCCGAGGGCAAGUGUCGCAAAGGCGACAACUGCACUUUCCGCCACGAUCCUCUCUAA